CAGAACUUGGAUGGCACAAGCUGGCCGUUCGGGAUUUAUCUUCAAAGUCCGUUCUGAGACAUGUUUUCCUAAGUUACAUUUACUUGUAGAGGUAGUAAUUAUGCUAGUAAGUCUCCGCUCAUACAGGCUGUUUGACUAACAGGGAUUUAGUACCCUAAACAUAAUGAAUUUGCUGUGGAGUUACGGAGAUCGGGGAAUAUUUUAAAACUCCGUUCCUCUCAGGCAUCAAAGUCAACAAGAUUCUUUUACUUGCACUGGCGGUUUAGAUCAAGAAAGUCCGCCGGCGAUUGAAAUUUUGGACCAUCUAAAAUAUCGAUAUUUCGUCUAAAAUCGUCAAUGGAUAAGUCGAAAAGUGCUAAUAUAGCUAAAUGGGGGGCUGCGUGUUCGGCGUGUGCCAUCGCAAAGGCCAAGUGUCUGAGGUCUAAUGACCGACCUGGUACUAAAUGCGAUAGGUGUGAACGUUUAGAAAAAGAUUGUCUUGGACAAGUACAUAGACCAAGAAAGAAGCGACAAACUAGACCCUCUAAAACAGCCCAGCUUGAAGAAAGAUUAAAUAGUCUCGUGGAUUACAUCAAAUCUAAUAACUCGGGAGAAGUUCCCGCUUCACUAAGUCGACCUUCUGAAGUUAGACAAGCUGCAUCAUCCCCGGGCGGUUCUGAAGGGACAACAUCAUCACAGAGUCAAGGAGAAGUUUUAGGAAACCCACCAACUCAAGCCUCUGAAUGUAAAAUUGCUCUCACGGGGACAAUACCAACUUCGUACAAUGUCCAUGCCCCUCGAGUAUGUGUCUGUCGUUCUCAAGCGGGUGAGGCCCUUAUCCCGUUCGAAACGGAUGAAGCCUCCUUGUCGACGUAUACCAAUCGAUUAAUGCCAAACUACCCCUUCGUUAUAAUUCCACCGGGAACCACCCCAUCUGAACUGGCGCAAAAACGUCCACUCUUAUUUACUACAAUUCGCAUGGUCUCAUCUUAUCGGAAUCUCAAAUCGAUGAGAUCCCAGAAAUAUUUCAUACUAAGACAAAUAUCCGAACAAAUGUUAAUGCGUUCAGAACGGUCUCUGGAUAUUCUCCAAUCCAUUCUAUUAGUCUUAGGUUAUUAUCACUAUCACUGCAUGAUACAUGCGCAGAUGAACAAUUUGAUAGGAUUGGCGAAUAGUCUAGUGGCAGAUCUUGGUAUCAACAAGGAUCCCGAUUCAUACGAAAGGACAAGAUUAUUGGUGUCGCAUGUUGAAGCCCCACGAGCUAGAACGAACGAAGAGAAGAGGGCGCUUUGCGGGGUUUGGUAUGUUACGUCGAUGGUUGCGCUCGCAUUUCAACGGAUUGAUCCACCUAAAUAUACCGCUUACAUUGACCAAUGUGUUCGAGAGCUCGAAGCUGAAGGAGAAUACGAAACUGACUCGCUUCUUGUUAAUUUGGUCCGUAUACAGCAUCUCUCCGAACGCAUCGCUCAAUUGCGUUGUAAGGACAAUACUGCCGACGAUCUAGCUGGUGCUACUCGCGCACCUACGAGUGUCUAUUCCAGCAUGUUUUAUACCGAGUUGGAAAGACUAAGAGUUUCAUUACCCCCAAAACUAGCAUCUAAUGGGCUCAUAAUAUGUCACAUAAACACGGCGAAACUACGCUUAUGGGAACCACCAAGAACCGAAGCAGCACUCCUAGAGAAAAUAUCAAACUCGCUAGCAUCCCUAUCUCUAGACUCGACAUCUUCGCUCGAUGUUUUCUACCAAUCCAACGCCGCGCUUAAAUCCUGGUUUGAAGCAUGGUUAGCCAUCGAAGUAACAGAUUAUUUCGUCCUACCUAUGCCUAUAUCCGCGCAACUCAUCAACGCCGUGAUAAUGCUAGCUCGGUGGUCCAAGCUAUCAUACCCCGAGCGCAAACCCUCUCCUAUUUCCACCACUACCGCUCAACCGCAGAUAGUACGGAACGACCCGGGCUGUAGCGGUGCGGCAAUGGUACCCGUCCCAGCAGUCAGUACAAAAGAAAUUGACCCCGCGAUCCCAGCUGCAGUGCGUACUAUCAGAGCGCAUCUCCUCUCGCAACCCGAACUUCAAAUCGACGUCUCGGGGAUUCUACAAGCAAUGGUGGAGCGCUUCGAACACGCGCGCGACAUUAGCGAGGGGCAAGGCGAUACCGUAUGGGAGAAUGACACUUGGGUAAUGGCGGCCAAAAAAUUGCGAGGUACACGCUUGAAGCUCGAGCGAUGGGCUGAAUUAGUUACCGCUGCGAGCAGCGAGAACAGGCGGCCUGAAUCAUCGACAGAUACUAAUACAACUGGAGACCCGAACCUCGGGAGUGGCCAAGCCGUGGAGGGACAUUGGCCUAUUGGCCCCAUUGGAGUGGCACCUUUCCCUGAAGAUUGGAGUCCGGGGGUCUUGUGGGAUAAUGAUUUCUUUGAAGGAUUGGGUAUGGAUCAAAAUUUCUUUGAUGGGCCUGGGGACUAUGGGACGGCUGUUUUGAAUAGUCUCUAGUAGACAUCUUUAGGAAGGGUAUGUUGAGCGUGGCGUCGUGCGUUAAUGUGUAAUGAGUAACUUACCCCAUUUGCCUAUUUAUAAGUAUCCCUUGUUAUGUGGAACACUCAAAUGGGUAUAAGGAUCAUGGCCACAGUAUUGGGAGACUUCGAACCGAGCUUCGGGUGAGGUAAUAGCGGGUACCUGGCCUUUGUAGGCACUUCGUAGGUACCUAGGCAGGGCGUAAAUGCCCAUAAAGCAAACCAAUGCGAUAUUUUCGCGUAUUAGACCGAGACGAGUGGCCCUAGAGGGAUACUCUUUCUUUAAAUCCAAAGAGACUGGU